AUGCCUCCAAACCGUGUGCGUCAGCUGCCUCGACAGCCAUCUUCUACGCCAUACCGCGCACCCUUAAAUCUACCGAGGCGUCGCGGUCCGCAAUUAGACGUGUAUACACGUACUAAAAUUACUACUCUACGCUUAGAGGGUCUCAAAUAUAAAGAAAUUCACGCCCGUCUGCCUCAUAUUCCUUUCGGAACAAUUGCAUCGACUUGUUAUCUCGAAAAUAAGCGAGAAAAUAAUACUACAUCGCCGCGAUCUGGGCGCCCGCGCAAGAUCUCUGAAGAUGAUCGUGAUCGUAUGUUUGAGGCAAUCUAUGGCAAUCCACGUACCAAAAUUGAAGAUCUAAUGGAUGCUUGUGAUUGUCAGGUCUAUCGGCAAUCAAUCUGGCGCCUUCUCAAAGAAGCAAAUAUGCGAAAAUGGCGAUGUAUGUACCGUCCCGAGUUAACUGAUGAAUGGGCUUCAAAACGACUUCAGUGGGCCUUAACCUGGCAAAAUUUAACCCCUGAAGAAUGGAAAUUAAGACUCUACUGGUCUGAUGAAUCAACAGUUGAAAGGGGAAAGGGUGCUCGUCAGGAAUGGACCUUUACAAGACCAAAAUAUCAGGCUGAAACUCGCGAUGUUCAAACUUUCUCGUAUAAAGGAGUUAAACAAAUGUUUUGGGCUGCUUUUUCAGGCUGUGGACGUCGAACUGGCUUAAUUCCACUCUAUCCACCAGUCAAUGAAGAGGGUGAGAUUGUCGGAGGAAUUAAUCGCUGGGUUAUUCUUGAACUAUAUCAAUCAGUUCUUCCAACCUUAAUCAAUGGCAAUGAAAAUGCAGUUUUUAUGCAAGACAAUGCCCCUGUUCAUACGGCAUAUGUUGUUAGAGACUGGCUAAGAGAUCAAGACUUCGAGGUAAUGGUUUGGCCACCUCAUUCUCCUGAUUUAAAUCCUAUUGAGAAUCUUUGGGCGUUAUUAAAAGCCAAAAUCUAUGAGCUACAUGCGGAGCUUCAUACUAUGCCAGACAACGACGAUACUCUCGAAUAUUUAGUUGCCUGUGCUCAGGAGGCUUGGUCAGAGAUUGAUCUCUCUAUAUUAGAGAAUUUAGCUAUUACUAUGCCACACCGUGUGAAGGAGAUUAUUGAUAAUAAAGGGUGGUAUACUAGCUAUUAG